UUAGAUAGUGGUGCCGGAGUUAAUAUUAAGAAUAAUGUUGGAAACACUCCUUUAAGCGAUGCUAUUAAUUUUAAUAGUGGUUCAGAAAUUAUAAAGUAUCUUGUAGAAAAAGGAAAUAACAAAAACAUAUUUGAUGCUGCUAGGGAUGGGAAUCUGGGUGUAGUGAGGUAUUUUGUCGAAAAUGAAAGAAUUGAUGUCAAUAUUAGGGAUAAUGAUAGUAAAACUCCUUUGCAUUGGGCUGCAAGUAAUGGUUACUUAGGUAUAGUAAAAUACCUAGUAGAACAAAAAAACGCUGAUAUUACUGCUCGCGAGAAUGGUAAUGGUAUUCCCUUACACUGGGCUGCAGGUGGCGGUCAAUUAGAUAUAGUCAAAUAUUUUAUAAACGAGAAGCAUAUUGAUAUAAAUAUUAGGGGAUAUGUAGGUAAUACUGUUUUGCACUAUGCUGUUCUUGGUAGAAAACCAAAUACAGUAAAAUGGCUUUUAGAUAGUGGUGCCGGAGUUAAUAUUAAGAAUAAUGUUGGAAACACUCCUUUAAGCGAUGCUAUUAAUUUUAAUAGUGGUUCAGAAAUUAUAAAGUAUCUUGUAGAAAAAGGAAAUAACAAAAACAUAUUUGAUGCU